UUCUUAAAGACUGUGACACAUUCAAAUUGGAGUAUAUCACUGUAAAACUGCGCUUAUGUCAUCAGUAACAAGUGGUGGUAUGUGUCGUAGUAUAAAAUGGGUCAUGUAUGACUCUAGUUUUAUACUACGAUAUCAUAGACACCAUGUUGUACCACAUUCAACUAGUACAGAUUUACUAUUUAUACGACACUAUCUGGACCCGUCAUAUAAUAUGAUUGAUGAAGAUGGAACUCCAUUUGACUUUGAAUCGAUUGACCAGAAAAGGAUUGACGAUUUUCGGGUUUCCAGAACCUUAAAGCAUUUUAAGAGACGAGUAGAGGAUGCACGAGAGAAGAAAGCUACGGCUGAAAGCUUUGUAAAGCAUCGACUGAAUAUUGUUGGAAUAUUCAAUAAGACUUCUGAUAAUGUGGAUUUACUAUUUAAGGAUCAGAAUCAUAAAGAGAACUAUAAACAUAUACCGAUAACAAGCUAUAAAGAAAUUCCAGGCCUUGUAAAAGUUGAAAAGUUGGAGUAUAAUGAUGCUUCUAUCAAGAGUUCAUUAAUGUUAUUAGCCAUUUCACUUAUUAAUAGUGUAUUGGUAGAGUUAAAUGUUCGUAAAUUACUAUUACAAGAAGGUCCACAGGUAAAAACAGCACUUAUUAAUGAUAUGUUUAUUAACAAUAUAAGACAACAACAGCAACAACAGAAUAUCCUCAAAUUACUUUCUAAUUUGUAUGAUAAAAGUCAAGGAACUCCUACUGAUUUCAAACUAUUCUUUAGUCGAUUAGAUCGGGAAGCUACGUCCAAUUUCAUUAAUGAUAUUAAAACGUCUGACCAUUUCAAUUCUAUUCGAACAUAUAGGAAUUUGUUUACUUUCUUUAAGAGUUCUCAAUACUUGACUUAUUAUGGUAGUAUUAAUCAAUUUAAUGAAUCUAAACAUAAUGUUAUAAAGUUUCAUAGUACUCGUUUAAACAAUGACGAGUAUUUGUCGGGAUUUAAUUCUUCAUUUAAUCAGUUCAAUCAAGAUGGUGAUCAUUUAAAUCUUGCUAUAGGUAUUGCUAGUACAUUAUUGACUUGUCAAAAUGGGAUACCCAAUAUGGUAAUCUUUAAAUUUUUAUUAGAUACAUUCCAUCAAGUUGGGCUCUAUAACUUUGAAUCUUUGGUACAUAACAGUAUGUUUGAAUAUAAACAUCAAUCACUUGUUCUAUCAAAGGCUUUCCCAUCAUAUCAGUCCAUGCAUUUCCGUCACUUAAUUGAAGAUACUCCUACCAUAUUACCAUCAUUAAUUAGAUAUCAAGUACAUCGACAGAAUGGUCCAUUACUCCGACAAUUAUUGAGUUUCUUAAAUAUCAAUGAAGUGAUAUCAUAUGAGAAGUUGCUUGAUAAAACCAAAUUAACUUCGAUGAUUUCUAAAUCUAUGUAUUAUAAAAAUUAUUCCGAAAGGUAUAUACCCUCCAAUACCUUUACCUGCUUAACUCCCUUGUAUAUAAUGCUGCAGGACAUUUACGAUAUAAUGAAUUCAUGUAUUUCUAUGCACCAGUAUCAACACAUUGAUGCAUUAUUCAAUAAACUAAUUCUUCAUACUAUUAAUGAUAAUACUUCUCGUGUAUGUUUAAAUGUUUCUAAAGUCAAUGAGAAUUCAUUGAUUUUAAAUUCUAAUUUACCAUACCCUGAGAUUCAUGCUAUGAUAUUCAAUAAUACAGUUUUUGAAAUAUUAAUUAGAGCAGCUCGAUUAUCUCAAGAUUUAGGUAGAAUGAUGUGGGUGUUACCCCAUUUGGAUGAAUACUUGAGUGAUCCUAAUAGAUGUCAGACCAUUGUUAAUGAUACCAAACUUACCAAAGAAAUAUAUUCAGCUUUGAAAUUGUUUGGAUUGGAAGGAAAGUUGAACACUUACGAAUCCAUGUUUAACUUUGUCAUGUAAAUAGAUGGAUAUAGAUAUAGAUAUAAAUAUAGCUAUAUCUAUGUGUAUAUAUAACCACUACGUAACAUUAAUAUUAAUAUCGUUUUAUAUUAGAAAGGUAUAAGUAAAAGUACAAAAAUAAAAAGAAAGGUAAAAG